AUGGAGGUCCUCAUGGCUGUCCAGAAUGGCGCACAGAAGUCGCAGGUCCUCCCGCGCUCCUCCUCCUCCCCAGGCCUGCAGCUGCAGCACGCCGCCUCGCACCUGCCGCUGAGCAAGAGCCUGUCCAAGGUCACGUCGUUCGGCAUCUCGCAGCGCCAGCCGCCCGUGCGCGGCGCCGACGGGCUGUGCGCCAUCUACUUCCGCGACCGCGACGCCUUUCCCGAGAUCGACUCCUUCACUCUCCACAUGGCGCAAAAGUACAAGCUGGACCUGGUGGAGACGGGCGAUUCCUUCAAGGAGGGGCUCACCGCGCUGCAGCAGCAGCGGCCCGUCAAAGCCAUCUUCCUGGGCGUGCGAAGCAUCGACCCCAAUGGGAAGGGGCAGGAGGUGUUUUCGGCGAGCUCGCCCGGGUGGCCCGAGUUUAUGCGCGUGAACGUGAUUCUCCACUGGACCUACCGCGACGUCUGGGAGUUCCUGCUGCUCACGCGCGUGCCCUACUGCUGCCUCUACGACCAGGGGUACACGUCGAUCGGAGGCGUGCACGACACGCUUCCCAACCACGCACUGCUAGUCAACGACGCUGCGCACUGGAUGGCCUCCGCCUCGCAGCCCCCCGCCCUCUGCCCCUCGCUCUGGCUGCUCGCGUGCCGCCAGAUGUCCCUCGCGCGCACCUGCACCUGCUGCUGCUGCUCGCGAGCCCCCCCUGCCUCCGCGCCCCUCUCCGCCCCCGCGCCCGCCGCUGACCCCCCAGCACUGCCGCGGACUUCAAUAGGGGGAACGCACCUGCCGGCUUACUUUCUCGUGGACGAGGGGCUUGAGAGGGCCGGACGGGGGAAGAGGGCAGGCGGCGACAGCAGCAUGAGGGAGCAGCAGACGGCGCUUGAGAAGGCCGAGGGCGAGAGGGAGGUGGACGGAGGAGGCAAGGAGCCGCUGGAAGGCUCGGGUGGGGUGGAGACGGCAGUGGUGCAAGGGGGUGCGAUGAGGUGUGGCGGGCGGAAGGGCGCGACGUGGGGUGCACUGGUGGUGGCAUGA